GGUACCUCCACACCACUAGUUAUACCUCUACCCUCAUCGCUGUAAUAGUUUUUGUCCAGUAAUUUCAUACUGUGAGAAAUCAUAUUUUGCGCUGGUGAUUGCUUGAUAAAUUAGCUGUUGCAAUCUCUUUAUCAAAACUGCAGAAAACAAGUCAUAAACUAACAGCCAUAUAAUAUAAUCGUCUAUUCGUCCACCUAUCAAAAAUGAGUGAAUCGGGUGAAGAAACGUCAGGAAAUGAUUCCCCGGUUAUUAAAUCGCGACCAAUGGCCGGGAAUGAAAGUGCAUCAGAGUCAUCACAUUCCGAACAAGAAGAAAGUACAUCAGAGAGCGAUCAGCAGCCAGAAACAGUUGAGAAAGCGACUGUUAAAAAUAAAAUACCAGUGGCAGUCGCUACCAAACCUUCAACGGCACCAAAGCCCAAAGCGGCACCACGUCCAGCCAUUGCUAGAACGAAGUCAUAUGACGCAAUGGUCUUGGAUGCCAUGAAUGCCCUCAAUGGAAAUAAGAAGUCUGGUGUGUCUAUAAUAAGUGUUCUAAAGUAUGUUCAGGCUAAUAUGGAAGAGCGGGACAAGUUCAAAAGAACCAUGUUCAAGAAAGCCAUUGACAAGGCACUGAAAACGGAAAUGUUCGUCCAUACUUCCGGGGUUGGAAUGUCAGGAUCGAUCACUUUUUCCGCUGAACAUAAGAAGAACCUUAAACUGGAGGAGAAAAAGCAAGCAAAGGCAGCAAAAGCUGCGGAAAAAUUAGCUGCCGCAAAAGCCAAACUCAGUGCGAAAUCGUCGAAGAGACCUCCAAAGCCGAAAAAACUUCACCAGGACGAAAAUAACAACACUGCCCCGAAAAAAGCUGGCGCAAAGGUAAAGAAGGUUAGACUUUCCAUUGCCGUUCUACCCACGGUCAAAGCGAAAGCUAAGCCAAAACCGAGAGCAGCAGCGAAGCCGAAAACAACUGCACUAAAUGCAAAGGCGAAUAAAGGUCCAACAAAGGCCGGCCCUUCCAAAGCUGCGGGGCCAAGCACGAAAACCGCAGCUUCCACAACCAGAGCUGCGGCUGGCAAGGGAAAGGCUGGGGCCUCAAAAACAUAGAUUCAGGGAAAAUAUUGGCCAGCUCAUUUAAGCAUGUUUAGGGUAAAUUAUUUAAAUAGAAUAGUAAUAAACAGUUGUUGUUAAGUGAUCGAAUAAUAUGUAUUAAAGUUACUCAUAGAUGGGAUAUUCA